AUGGGUCGAAAAAUUGACAUGAAAAAAAUAGAAGACGUAACAAAAUGUCAAGUGACGUUUUCAAAGCGCCGUAGCAGCCUCAUGAAGAAGGCGAAUGAAAUCGCGAUUUGCUGCGACGUUGAUGUCGCAUUUGUUGCCUUUUCGCCAUCUGGCCGGAUUAGCAAGUUCUGCAAUAAAAAACGAAUCGAAGAUGUGCUCCAUCGUUAUGUUGAUCUACCAGCAGAGAGUAGAUUGAGGGAGUUAGAUGAUGUUCAGAUGGAUUCAAGGGUGUUGCAAAACCAAGAUCAUGAGAUUUCUUUUUCUUCAAAUUUAAUGGAGAACGAGCUCAAUUCAGGGAUAAGUCCAUUAUUGAGUGCCAAAGUCCAAGUUCAAGGCAUAGUAAAUUCGGAUCUGGACACACCCAACACAUCAAACCUUCCUAUCUCGUUUCAAAAUUCUCAACAGGCAACGUUUUCAAAUGCAUUCUACAAUUCCAUCCCUAACUUAAGCAACAUGCCACCUCCAAGAUCUAGUCCAAGCACAAUAUUCACAGGUUAUGGCAGCACGCAAUAUGCAACCUGCAACUUCACCAAUAAGGAUGAUACGAUACAAACUAGCUCGCAAUAUGCAGCUUGCAACUUCACCGAUAAGGGUGAAGAAGAGACCAGCCAAUCAAACAUAUUGAAUGCUUCAAAACAAGAGUUUGUUGUGAUUGUAGGGUACUUGGGGAGACAACACUUGUUGGACAUCCAAGAUUCAGAAGAGCAGCUUAUGGGAGUGGGAAGACUUGCUUCUUGA